GGUUUGACGAAAACAUGGCGUAGAGCAAGUAGAGUGAUUUUGUUACACAUGUGUCAGCGAUUUUUUUUUGCCGCCCAUGUAUUCCAAUUCUACUAAUCGGACCAAAUUCUGACCAACGUUGGAAACAAUUGAGAAGCCGUAGAUAACCGUGAAAACAAAAAUGGUGGUGGUGGCAGAAGAAUCUUUCCUCGGGGAUGCGAUCGACCAUACGAUGAGUCCCUUCGCCAGGCACGGCGUUUCCAUGCCUCCAGCAGUCAACCGUAAAACAAUAGUGGUUGUAUCAGGCCUCGCAAACAUCCAUGCUAGAGUGUUGGAGCCACUAGACGACAGUCCCACCCCAAGAUCCGUCUUAUUCAGUCAAAAAGCCACAGCAAGUCAACUUUACAAUGCAGUGUCACACCUCUACGCUGGCUACUCCUGUCCUAACUCCUUCAACCUGGUCCUGAUGUACAACGACAAGAAAUACCCCUUAAAAUUUGAAAAUCAACCGAUUCCGAACCUCGACCUGCAGCCGUCUCAAGAAGUGUACUCCGCCAACAUCGGUGUCAACCGAAACAGUGAAAUCAUCAAUGGGGAUAUUCCUAAAGCCGAAGAAGAUGCCUCUCACAAACCUCAAGUAGAUUCCAGCAGUAUAAAAUCAUGCAUUAACAAACCCACUCAAUCUUACUUGAUGGAAGUAGUUCCUCAAGACUGUCCGCCCCUCCACGCCAGGAGUUUCUUGGUCUCCCCUUCAACCACUCUCCAGGAGCUUUACACCAACAUCAUAUUUUUUCGCGCUUCACAACCAUCAGAAGGUAUAAUAAGAAUAUUCUACUUAGCUGAUCUAUAUCAAAAGUAUACAUCAAAUGUAUAUAAUACCACAGAGUUGUUUAAGAGCGUGGGACUUUUUCAAGGAACAUUAGAAGAAAUAGGAUUUGACUUCAACCGACCAAACCAAAUUUUAGCCCUCUGGACGCUCGACAAUUCGUCUGACUCAACCCCUGUUCCUGUUCUUCCCAGAAAACUGGCAAAUGAUUUAUUCAUUCGCCAAGAGGAGUCCUCUCCCUCCUCACCACCGAAAUUUGAGUCCUCUGUGCAGAAACGAGAGAUUAUAUUCAACGAUCUCCUGAGCGCAAUGAAAGUAGAGGAUGGAAUGAGAACUGAACGACAAGACUCUGAGGCUGAAGCUAAACCAGAGAUGGUGUACGUUGGUCUAGUAAACCAGGCAAUGACUUGCUACUUAAACAGUCUUCUCCAAGCCCUCUACAUGACUCCAGAGUUUCGAAACGCUCUCUACAACUGGGAGUUUGUAGGUUCUGAGAAGGAUAAAGCUGGUAAUAGUAUUCCUUAUCAACUCCAGAAGCUCUUCCUCAACCUUCAAACAUCAACAAAGGCGGCAGUCGAGACGACAUCCUUAACGAAGAGCUUCGGCUGGGAUUCAACAGAAGCCUGGCAGCAACACGACAUCCAAGAGUUGUGUCGAGUGAUGUUUGAUGCGUUGGAACAAAAGUUCAAAAAUACUCAGCAGGCAGAUCUGAUUAACAGACUUUACGAGGGAAAGAUGAUUGAUUACGUCAAAUGUUUAGAAUGCAGUACUGAAAAAUCACGGGAAGACACUUUUUUAGAUAUCCCAUUGCCAGUUAAACCUUUUGGAAGUAAUGUAGCUUAUAACAGUGUGGAAGAGGCCUUGAGGGCAUUUGUGCAACCCGAAACGUUGGAUGGAACCAAUCAGUAUUUCUGUGAAACCUGUAAUAAGAAGUGUGACGCACAUAAAGGCCUCAAAUUUAGCAGAUUUCCCUACUUAUUAACUCUUCACCUCAAACGUUUCGAUUUCGAUAACAACACUUUCCACAGGAUCAAAUUGAAUGACAGAGUAAGCUUCCCAGAUGUUCUCAAUUUGAACUCUUUCAUCCCUUCUGACAAUCAGGAAUCUCCAACUGCUGAGGAGGACGCUGGGGUGGGAGUAAAAUGCGACGAUAGUUCUACGACUGAUAGUGGGGGCUUGGACGAGUGUUCUUUGAAUACCAAUGGAAUUAAUGAAAAUGGAAUCACCAGUGAAGCCACUAGUGAUCAUUUAAAUAAUCAUGAGCAGGAUGAUGAUGAGGGCAUUGACAUGAGUAAUGGGCCAUCAACAUCGAGUACAGAGCACAGUCAGGAGGACACUCGUCAUCGAUCGGCCAGUGGUCCUUAUGUGUACGAAUUGUUCUCAAUAAUGAUUCACAGUGGUAGUGCCAGUGGUGGACAUUAUUAUGCCUACAUUAAGGACUUUAGAACCAACGAGUGGCUGUGCUUCAACGAUCAAAAUGUCAGCCCAAUUACUGAUGACGACAUUCAAAAAACCUAUGGGGGAGGACCUACCCGGGGGUACUACAGCGGUGCUUACAGCAGCAGCACAAACGCCUAUAUGCUUAUGUACCGUCAGAUAGACCCUGAAAGAAAUUGUCUACCUAUGGAGGUCAAUUGCUUCCCAAAACAUAUUCAAGAGUUACUAGUUAAAAUGAAGGAACACGAGGAGGAGAGGAAAAAUUACGAGAGAUCCUCACAAAUGUACAGGAUAAGGGUACACGUCCAUCAUCCAGUAGAAAAGACUAUUAAAUCGAGAAGAUUGUUUUCAGCUUAUGAUGAAACACUUGCGGACUUAAUGGAGAGGGCUUGGAAAACGUUGGACUUGGGGAAUGUCGUUGAUUUGGAUCAGUGUCGUCUUGUAACAUAUGACGUGAUGUCAGACACUAUUGACUCAAGCUUCGACGAUCAGGAUGAAGAGACUCUGGGUAUACUUCUCCAACAAUCGAGUCCAGAUAUGUUGUUAGAAAUUCGAAAGAAAGAUGAGGCGUUCGAGAAGUAUGAACCUGGUGGUCUUGGUACGAAAGUAUUUCAUAUCGACUGCGUCAAUAAAGAAAUUCUUGAUGGUCCAAUUUACGUUCGGGGAUUCCGUACACAAACACUUAUAGAGUACAAAAGACAAGUGGGGAAAAUUCUGAAGAUCAAUCCAGAGAGAAUGGUGGUGGCUCUCCAAAACUAUCCAUCAGGGGUGAGGAUAAUUAUGAACAAUAAUAAUAAACUGAUAAACGAAGGAUUUACGAGUGGAAACCUGGUAUUUGUUAUGGCAAAACUCGACAAUAAUUUAGUCGAAAUUGUCGAAAAAUUCGAAACAAUAAUUUGUCUUGAUGUCGAAUUGCCUGACACAAGCAAAGAGGUAUUGGAAGAACUGGGCAUUCAGUCAUUAGAAAGCAGACAGCGAGAACUGAAAGAAAUGAAAGAAUUAAAAGAGCAAAAAGAAGCUGAAAAACUUGAUAAUCAGAAGAAAAAAGCUGACGUGGGAGAGGGAAGUCACCAGAACGACGAAUCUCGUGAUCAAGCAAGCAACUGGUGCCCUGAGGCUUCUGCUUGUGAUAAUGAAGAGUGGCAGGAGCAGAGCAACAGUGAGGACAGUAGUCUCAGUGAUAGCGAUAGAACACUCGUUGAAAAUGCUUCGGAGGAUGGCGAGAUUAAUGUAAUCACUUUUGAUAGUGAGUGGUACCCUCACAGCAAGCCCAUCAAUAAAGAGGACAACUGGGAGAUGGAUCAGGAGGAGGAGACAGAUUAUUUUUUCAAGGCUACUCCCUAUGACAAAGAUGGUCAGAAACAUCUGAGGGUGGUAGUGGAUAAAAGAAUCAAAUUCAAUACUUUCAAAAAACAUCUGGAGCCUUUUGUUGGAGUUCCAGAGGAGAAUUUCAAGAUCCUGAGACAGGCCAUUGAUCCAGCUGAUGUCGAUUGUACGCGGCUCACGACGUCGUUGAGAAUCUGGGAGGAUGGGGAGAAACUUAGUAUAAAACUCGGUAGAGCGUUGAGGUCUCAUGAAUUUAGGGUUAAAGUGUUCCUUCUAGAAUUGGGAAAUUAUAAUAAACCUUCUCAGCUUUUAUUCGAAUCCACUAUAUCGAAGGAUGCUACUGUAGAGGCUGUCAAAAGACAGCUGUUGGCUGAGUUGCAACGAAAACACGAUCAGUCGAUUCCUUUUGAAAAAUGCAGACUCAGGAAAAAACACUUUCAAAUUCCAUCCAAAGUUUUACUGAAUGAUCAGAAGAUCAGGGACGUUGGUUUCCAGACACAGUGCGAGGUGUUUAUUCAGGAAUUGUGGGAGGAGGAACCUGUUACGAGUAAUAGUCAGAUUGUUGUGAUGGUGACGAGGGUAUUCACGAAUGAGAAAGUAUUGGGACCCAUUCAGGAGAUUGUGCUUGAGGACAACUGUUAUGAGGAGUUGGCGAAGAAAAUGGUGGAAUUGUCGGGGAUAGAGUUGGAGAAUUUACAGGUGACCAAGGGCAAGUGGCCGUGCAAUUUGUCUGAGUCACGGGUGUAUUGGACACCGGCUAAUAAACCAGCUUGGCAUGUUGGAACUAUUGAGGAUGGUGCUAGUAUUUUCUACAGAGAUGCCGCAGAAAAGUGGACAUCAAAUACCCAAGAAGAAAUGUCGACAGCGGAAAAUGAAGCGGACAAGGCAAGAGGGAAAAUUUCAAGAGGCUCCCGACAAAGAGCUCUGGUGAGAGUGUACAAUUACGCCGAGAGUCCGAGACGUGAGAAAGCUCUGAAAAUAUAUCUCGAUGAUAAAUGAUCCACCUGUGAGACUGUCAGUAUUGAUCCAAUCUCGCAGAUCCAUCCGAUUGUGCAGAUGACACAGUGCUGAGCAAUUUUUAUCUCUAUUUAUUUCUUUUUUUGUUUUUGAGAAAAAACAUAAUUCGUGGGAGACACGCCAGGCGAUUUUUUUUUAAUUCCUCAAAUGGAAUGUGGAAGAAGAGAUCCUCGCUUUUCUCCUGUCAUGUUAUUUUUUUCGUCAUUAUUACUACUCGAAAUAUCAAUCAUACCUGUAAUUACGAAA